UCUGCCGGGUGCUCUCCGCCGGUGCCUCCCUCGCUAUAUUGUUGAACAGGAAACAGGGCAGCGUGGGAGCAGGGCGGUGGAGGAGGGAGCGCCGGACGCCGAGCCCCCGCGCGGCUGCCAGGACAAGUGGAGGCGAGGCCAGCGGUCGGACACCCCGAGGUGCCAGGCUCCUCCUUCCCGAGGUCUCUCCAGCCUAGCUCUUUGAAGCCCCGCCCAAGGAGAUGGCAGGGGCCUAACCUGCAUGCAUCCGCCGGCUCCGCCCAGCCAGCCCAUGGGCUCCUUGAGGUCAGCCCUGCCGACGGACACGCCGCGGCCACGAUGGCGGCGGACGUCGAGGGGGACGUGUACGUGCUGGUGGAGCAUCCCUUCGAGUACACGGGCAAGGACGGGCGCCGCAUUGCCAUCCAGCCCAACGAGCGCUACCGCCUGCUGCGCCGCAGCACGGAGCACUGGUGGCACGUGCGCAGCGAGCCCGGCGGCCGCCCCUUCUACCUGCCGGCGCAGUACGUGCGCGAGCUGCCUGCCCUCGGUCACCCUGCCCCCGCCCCGCAGCCGCCCGCGCGCCUUCCGGGUCCCGCAGACCCCGAACCGCUCUCCUAUGACUACCGCUUCGUGAGAGCGUCGGCGCCCGCCGGUCCCGACGGCGCGCCCGCCGAGCCCCGGGGCCGCGCGGGCUCCAUGUGCGGCCUAGCUCGGCGCGGCGCAGCAAGCCAGCGCCGAAGCCUGGCGCCCUGCCUGCCCGCCUGCCUGUACACGAGGCCCAUGGCACCUGUGCGGCCCGCGCAGUCUUUGGACGACCUGGCCCGCACCGCCGCGCCCCCUGCCGGUCUCCUCGGGAGCGGGGGCAGCCUCAAGGCCUGCAGCGUGGCGGGCUCUUGGUUGUGCCCGCGGCCUCUGGCGGGCAGCAACUCCGAAAACGUCUACGAGGCCAUCCAGGACGUGCGCGGCCAGCCGCUGGAGCAGCACCCGGAGCAGGUGGAUGACCUCCCAGAGCCCGUGUACGCGAACGUAGAGAGGCAGUCUCGGGCCACGUCGCCUGGCGCCACCGCAGCCCACUGCACCGGCUCGGUGUGGGAGACGCACACGGACGCGGGCACCGGGCGCCCCUACUACUACAACCCGGACACGGGCGUGACCACCUGGGAGUCGCCCUUCGAGGCUGCCGAGGGCGCCGCCAGCCCGGCCACGUCUCCGGCUUCGGUGGGCAGCCACGAGAGCCUCGAGACCGAGUGGGGCCAGUACUGGGAUGAGGAGAGCCGCAGGGUGUUCUUCUACAACCCGCUGACGGGCGAGACGGCCUGGGAGGACGAGUCCGAGGACCAGCCGGAGGACGAGCAGGAGAUGCAGCCUGGCCUCAGCCCCGGCAGCCCCAGGGACCAGAGGCCCCCCACCCCUGAGACGGACUACCCCGAGUUGCUGACCAGUUACCCAGAGGAAGACUAUUCCCCCGUGGGCUCCUUCGGUGAGCCCGGCCCCGCCUCUCCCUUGGUCACACCUCCAGGCUGGUCUUGCCACGUGAGCCAGGAUGGGCAGACGCUGUACACUAACAACUACACCCAAGAACAGUGGAUGAGGUUGGAGGACCAACACGGGAAGCCUUACUUCUACAAUCCAGAUGACGCCUCCGUUCAGUGGGAGCUGCCCCAGGUCCCUGUCCCUGCCCCUCGAAGCAUCCGCAAAUCCAGCCAGGACAGUGAGACCCCGGCCCAGGCCAGCCCACCUGAGGAGAAGAUCAAGACCCUGGACAAGGCAGGCGUGCUCCAUCGAACCAAGACGGUGGACAAAGGAAAGCGGCUCCGGAAGAAGAACUGGAGUGCCUCGUGGACAGUGCUGGAGGGCGGCAUCCUGACAUUCUUCAAAGACUCGAAGACCUCGACUGCAGGUGGCCUGAGGCAGCCUUCCAAGCUCUCCACCCCCGAGUACACGGUGGAGCUGAAGGGGGCCUCUCUCGCCUGGGCCCCCAAAGACAAAUCCAGCAAGAAGAAUGUGCUGGAGCUGCGGAGCCGAGAUGGCUCAGAGUACCUGAUCCAGCAUGACUCGGAAGCCAUCAUCAGCACCUGGCACAAGGCCAUCGCCCAGGGCAUCCAGGAGCUGUCCGCAGACCUACCCCCCGAGGAGGAAAGUGAGAGCAGCACCGUGGACUUUGGGUCGAGUGAGCGCCUAGGAAGCUGGCGGGACGAUGAGGCACGGCCUGGUGCAGCCGUGCCCACCCCGGGGCAGGGAGGUCUGGAGAGCGACCUGAGCAAGGUCCGGAACAAGCUCCGCAAGUUCCUGCUGAAGCGGCCCACGCUGCAGUCGCUGCGGGAGAAGGGCUACAUCAGAGACCAGGUGUUCGGCUGCGCGCUGGCCGUGCUGUGUGAGCGCGAGAAGAGCCAGGUGCCGCGCUUCGUGCAGCAGUGCAUCCGCGCCGUCGAGGCCCGGGGGCUGGACAUCGACGGUCUAUACCGCAUCAGUGGAAACCUGGCCACCAUCCAGAAGCUGCGCUAUAAGGUGGACCACGAUGAACGUCUGGACCUGGACGACGGACGCUGGGAGGACGUCCACGUAAUCACCGGCGCCCUGAAGCUCUUCUUUCGAGAGCUGCCCGAGCCCCUCUUCCCCUUCUCGCACUUCCCCCAGUUCAUCGCAGCCAUCAAGCUGCAGGACCAGGCCCAGCGCAGCCGCUGUAUUCAGAGCCUGGUGCGCUCGCUGCCCGCCCCCAACCACGACACAAUGCGGCUGCUCUUCCAGCACCUGUGCAGGGUGAUCGAGCACGGAGAACAGAACCGCAUGUCCGUGCAGAGCGUGGCCAUAGUGUUCGGGCCCACGCUGCUGCGGCCCGAGACAGAGGAAACCAGCAUGCCCAUGACCAUGGUGUUCCAGAACCAGGUGGUGGAGCUCAUCCUGCAGCAGUGCGCAGACGUCUUCCCGCCGCACUGACCGCGGGCCCGCACCCCUACCCCCGCUGCUGGCGCUGCGGACCUGGGAGUGGGGGCGGCGACAGUGGUCCCGCAUAGAAGCGGGGCGGCUGGAAGCCACGCGGCUGGACUCACUAUCUCUGAGACCCUCCGCCUCCCGCCAGUCCGCAGGCCCGUGCGAGUUCUGCACCUCUCGGUUCUGAGGGUAUGGUGACCUCUGGUGGGCAGUUUGCAAAAUGUGAUUUUUUUUUUUUUUUUUUCUUCUCUGAUUUGGCCUGUUUGGGGGUUAAUUGGGCUCUAUUCUUUA